CUUUUAUCAUAUUAUUGAACAAACAGUAGUUUAAAAGUCAAAAUCUGUGAAAUUAUCUAUUUGCAAAGAAAAGAAUUUAUCGAAAUGUACUUACUUAAACAAAGUUGACUCAAAAAGUAAUGAUCUCUAAAUUAAAGGGUAGUUUAUAAUUCAGAAGUAGAGAUUGUUAUGGGUAUUUGAUGCCCGCUUUUUUGUCGCUAGACUUUUUCAGCGUCCGCGUUGCCGUGGCAACCAAUCCCUCUAGCAUGUGGCAUUGGGAAUUGCCCACGCUCUCUUUGUGUCUAACGUUUGUGCAUACAUAAGCUCGCUUCCAUUGAUCACCGGAUGCGCUGCGCAGUGGUCUACUGCGCCGAUGACGACACAGGUACCGGCUAACCUCUCCCCCCCUCCUGUCAGCGGUGUGGGUCCCGCUUUCUCUCCACGUGGUCUGUCGUGACCAUCUCCUCUCCGUGUUUCCCUUCUGUCAGAACAAACGGUCGUUACGGUUCCGGUGAAUAUGCCGUGUUGCGCUUACUCCGGUUGCACCAAUCACACCGACUUCGGGAAGACGCUGGGUAUCUCCUUCCACCGGUUCCCGAGGAACCCCCAGGCCGCCGAGCUGUGGGCCAGCGCCUGCGGGAGGACGGAGGUGUUCAGCGUCCUCACGGCCCGGGUCUGCUCUGAACACUUCCUGGACGAAGAUUACGAAAGGGAUUUGAAAUCGGAACUGAUGAACACCGACAGGAAGAGACUGCUGAGGCAUUCAGCAGUGCCCUCUCUGUCUCCGAGCCGCCCGAGGUCGUCGAUCAGCGCUUACAGGUGUGGGCUGAAAAGAAUCACGAAAAGGAGAGCGAGGAAUCGUACCGAAAACAGCGUUGGAAUUCCUGGAGAUCCAAAUUUCGUGGAUGAUUUCGGUGAUCUUGUAAGUAGACGAUUAUUCCUAUUUCAUACUAACAUGUUUGAUUUAGUAGCAUUAAGAUUUCAACAGGGCCGGCCAUAUUUUGCACAGGGCCCUGUGCAAACAUUUACUUCUGGGCCCCCCAUUUGCGAGGCGCGCUCUGGAGUUGAGACCAAUUGGCGGGAGAAAUCCUACUCCCAGUUCUCAGCGGCCAGUUAG